AUGAAUUAGAAAUUUAAAUUCCAGGAGAAAAGCCAAUCGUUACCUUUAAUAGUUAGAAAACCAAUAGCAGUUAUGAAUUAUAAAUUGUAUGAAAAAUAUCAGCAAUCACAAAAUUAUUACUACAUAAGAGAAAUUAAUGAGAUAUUAAGUGAUGCCUAAACAAGAAUAGUAAUAAAUUUUAAAGAUUAACUGGCCAUUGAUGAAGAUGUAUCAAAAGUAAUAAAUAUGAAUAGGAAGAAUAUUUUAAGAGAUUUUAUUAGUUAAAAGAAUUUCCUCAAAAAAUAUAGUUACUUACGGAAUAUUAUAAAGUAUAUCAUAGAUAUGAAAUAGUUCCAUAUAGAUAUUGCACGAAUAUUUGAAGAGCCAAUAUGUUCUAUAUUAAAUAAAUAUUAUGAUAAGAAAAGAAAAUAUGAUUAUUUUAGGAUUGCUAAAAUGAUUGAAGAAGAGAAUAAAUUAAAUCCAAAUAAACCACCUAAAGGGAUUGUAGGUGAGAGACCUUCUCCUGCAAAUUCAUAAGAAUCUAUAACUUAAGAAAAUGAUGAAAAGGAUUAUCAAAAUAUCAAAAAUAUUUAAAUAUUAAAAGAAUUAAGUUGGUUAAAUGUAAGACUUUAGUAUAUAAACUACAUUAGCAUGACAAAACUCUACCUAAAGAAGCCUCUCAAACAAUUAAUGAAUUAUGCAAAUAAAUUGGUUCUAGAGCUGAUUAAUCAUCCCUGUCAAUUGUUAAAUUAAGCAAAUAAGAUAAAGUAUCUUUAGAUAAUUUUUUAUUAUAUAUUGGAAAUAAAGUUAACUUAAGCUAAAAAACAUCUCCAACAUCUAGAAAAUCAUAAGAAUAAUUGAUUAAAUAACUCAUUAUAAAAUAAAAGGCUAAAAUUUUAUAAAAAGAUAACAAAAGUUAUAGCAUGCAUAAGAAGAAUGAAACUAAAUAUAGUAUAGGUUCUAUUGAAAUGAAGAAUAAUUUUGCAAAAGAUUAAUUUAAUAAUAUUUCUAAAAAAUCUAAUAGAUAAGCAUCAACUGAUAUUAUUGAAAGUGGAACCAGAUUAGAAAACAAACCAUAAGAAAUUGUUAAAGUUAAGUCUAAAACUUUAGUUAGUAAAAAUUAACUUAAAAUUAAUAAAUUUAUUGGUGAUCUUAAUUCAAAUUCUCCAACUCUAUCUUCUCAUAAAAUAUCCAUAGCCUCUACCUCUUUAAAAUAAUAAUAACAACCACUUAUUUUAUUCUAAAAUAAUCAAAAAAAUAAUCUAUUAACUAAACUUUUCCUUGAAGAAGCAGAAUAAUAAUCAAAAUUAAAAAAUGGAGCUAUUACACAUAGACCUUUAUCAAGUACAAAUGCAUUUUUUGGUUCUUAAUCUAAUAGAAAUAGUCCUUCACUUAAUUAUAAAAAAUAGAAUAUUUAAAAAUUAAAAAAAGAUGAUUAUUAAAAAAAAUAAAAACUCAAAACUACUAAUUCACCUCAAAAAAAUCAUUAAAUUGGAUUAAUUGCAAAGAAUCUAUUUAUUAAAGCAUUAAAUGCUCAAAAGUAAAAAAAUUCAAACCAUUUAAAGUAAAAUUCAAAUUAAGAAAAAAUACUUAAUUAAUAUAAUCAACAAAAACCUAAUAAUGUCUUAUAAUAAAAUGAUUUAUUAGAAAAGAAAUAACAUAAAAAAACUAAAUCUGAUGGUAAAGCUUUGUAAAAAAAGUUUUCUGUUCAUGAAAUAGGAUGCUUAACUGAUAGAAAUAAUAAAGAAACUAAUUAAUUAUUUAGUAAGAUAAAAAAUCAUAGUUCUCCAUAAACCUAACAUUUUAGAAGGUUACAUAGUGAAAAAUAAGAAUCUAUUUCUAGUAAUAUGAAAGGGAUUUUAAUUUAACAGAUGUUGAAAUAAUUAGCAAAAUAAAAUCAAUAGGCCUAAUAAAAAUAGGAUUCUAGAUCUUUAAUUAAAAUUUAGGCAAAAAAGUUUUGA